GUAAAUGUAUUUAUUAGGGAUUAAACGGAUUUGUGCUGUUCAACAAGAUAAGUUUUGGAAGAGACCAAAAAGCUAAAUAAACAAAUUGGAUUACCCUGGAAUAAAGUCAAGUUCCGAUGCCAGUUUAUUUGUCUAUGUUGGUGCCACUGCAUCGCCAAUAAAAGUUUGCCACUCAACAAAGGCGAAAACACUUAAAUAAAUAUAUAAAUCAAGCAACACAAAAAUUGUGCAAAACGAGUGCAGAGACCGAGGAAGCCAACAAUGGGUUUGCAGGAAAAACGCUUGAGAAAACGCAUCGAAAAACUUGUGGCCGACCCAUAAAGAAGAGUUGCAAUUUUUUGUCGAAAACUAGAAAUAAAAUCAAAUGAAAUAAAAUAAAAUGAAACAGUAUAGACAUUAGAUAGAACCCAAAUGGAGGCAAGCCAGGACCCAAGCCAUCCCCAAGUGUAUUAAUUCAAUAAACCUAUUUAUCUGAGACUUCGGCUGGGAUUUCGAGAACGGAGCAGAGAAUGCGACAAAGUUUGCCAGCCAAGACGGCGCAGUGCAAUCAGCAGAUCCUGUCUGUCCUGGUCCUAGCCCUGGUCUUGGUCCCAAGGAGCACGAGAAGCCAGAUUCGAUGCCGCAAACGAGUCCCAAUUGGAGGCAGGCGGACAAUGAGCGCACAAAAGGCGCUGUAAGUGUCAUUGCAGCCAGGAACUGGGCCACUGGGACUGCCACGCAGGACUGGAGCCAGAAGAGCAGCAGUAGCUGGAGCAGCACCAGUCGAAGAACCGGAAUCAGCAGAACCAGGACCCGGCCAGCCACGUUGACAACCGAGAUGACAGUGGCAGGACGAGCAGAACGAGCAGGAGUAGGAGCGCCGUGGUGUCGCCGAUUUUUCCACACAUCCCCACCAGCGUCUUGGCUGCGCAUCAGCUUCGUCCUUUUGGUCCUUCCAGCUCUCGGCUUUGGGAUACAAGUAGUCACCUGCAGCAAUCCGGAACUGGGAGCAAGUGCUCCAGAUACAGUGGAUUUAACACGGGGAGGGAAAAGCACUGAGGGACAGCUUACGACGGCCACAAGAUCCACUCUGCCAGAUAGUCCAAUGACAACACAAAACGAUCUAAUUACGACAGCCAGCAACUUAGCGACAGCAAAAAAGCCAGCCACAGCAGCCUCAGAGGCAGUAGAUACGGCAGAAAUAGCAGAAACAGCACCACCGACAGAGGCAACCAGCUCAUGGAGCUCCACGGCCGUAGCCCGGAGCAUGUCAUCAGCAGAUGGAGCAGGGGAGGCGAUAGCAACCAGCCAGUCAGCACAAAUUGGGCUAACUACUCAGGCCACAGUACGGCAAACAGAAGCGCAGACAGCAUCAGCAGCGACACAAGCCGCAGCAGCAACAUCAGCAGCAAUAGCAUCAGCAUCAGCAUCAGCAGCAGCAGCAACAGAGACCGCAGCAGAGAUGCUCAUAUCAACAAUUUAUCCAGCAUCAACGGAAACGGAUGUGCACAACUCCAUUGAGCGCGUAGAGGGGCGAAGCGGAAAGAUGGCGAAUGCGGUGCAUCCGGGUGUCGCUGAUUCAUUGACCAAGGGCUUCUCCAUUCCGACCUUCCUGCCGCCAUUUCCCGUUUUCGCGGCCGCGGAUUUGCCAGCUUACCGCGCCGCUGCUGAUGCAGCCGAGGCGGCCAAGUUGGCGGCAGAGGCGGCUGCCCAGGCAGCGGCCGCCAAAACAUCCUCGGAAGCGGUGACAAUGUCGCCGGAGGAGCAGCGCCGUGAAAUGUUUAAUGAGCAGCACUCCUACCUGGCCGCCCACCGCGAUGGCGGCGAGGGGGCGGGGUCGACGGUGCGGCGCAACCUGACAAUGCCCGUGCUAAACAUCACCGCCCAGAUGGGAAACCACGCCUACAUGCCGUGCCAGAUACAUCGAUUGUCGGAUAAGCCCGUUUCAUGGGUACGCAUGCGCGAUAACCACAUAAUCAGCGUGGACGAGACCACCUUUAUAGCGGACGAGCGAUUCCAAUCGAUAUAUCAGGAGAAUCACGACUACACCUGGUCCCUGCAGAUCAAGUACGUGGAGCCAAGCGAUGCCGGAUGGUAUGAGUGUCAGAUGGCAACGGAGCCAAAGCUGAGUGCCAAAGUCCACCUGCAGAUAGUCAAACCCAAGACUGAGCUGAUUGGGGAUCAGAGCCGCUUCGUGAAGGCGGGCAGCAAGGUGGCGCUGCACUGCAUCGUACGGGGCACCUUGGAUCCGCCCAAGUACAUUAUCUGGUUCCGGGGCCAGAAGAAGAUAAGCGAUAGCGACGAGCGAACUGGUUGGUACACGCAGCUAGAUCGGAAUAUAUUUGGAACCGUGGGCGAUAAUCAGAACACGAUCGGCUCAUUAAUUAUACCGCUCGUGCGCAAGGAGGAUUCCGGCAAUUAUACGUGCCAGCCGUCGAACAGCGUCUCCGUGUCCGUGGACCUGCACGUGCUAAGCGGUGAAUAUUCCGCAUCGGCCAUCAUGUCAACGGCGGCAAGGACGACGAAAGGCGGGAGGAGCACGUGCCAUUCGACGCUGGGACUCCUGGGAAUCCUUGGACUCCUAUGGGCGAUGCAGGGAGCGAUGCACACACCACCGACCCAGACGUGACUCGCCUAUUGAACGCCUGGUCGUGGCGUCCGACUUCCAAUUAUUUCGGAGAUGACAACAGGGGCAGAAGGUGGAGCAGGAGCAGAGCAGGAGCAGGAGCUGGAGUCCUGUCGAAACUGAAUUGACGGUUCUGUUAUUAGGUUAAACGUUGCCAUAACUCUCAUGUCUGCGUGUCUCACAUUAUUCCCGUACCAUACUGCAUUCAAUCUAAUGUAAAAUUCAAUUUAAGCAGACCCCAUUUCAAGUUGUGAAAUCGAAUCAAUAAUUAGAUUAUUGUCGGAGAGAAAUAUUAUUAAAUGAAAAUAAUAAAACUGAAUCAUAAAAAUCCAUCAUAAAUAACAGGCAUUCAAUAAAUCAUGUGAAACUUUAUUUAAA